UUUCAUCUAAUUUUAGCUGAAAAAGGUCUCGGAUCUGAAGCUUUUCGGUGAAAUAUUGGGGUUUUCGUGGCUUCAUUUUGUGUAUUUCACUAGCAAGGCUCUGGAGUAUCAGUGCCCCCGUUUUAAAUCAUCAGAAAACGCAAAAAACACCAAGUGAAUGGAAAUCAUGAAGGAGUAUAUGGCUGAAAACAUUGAGCAAUUGCUAGAAAAGUUUAAUCCCAAGGAAACUAUGGGGCCUUUGAAUCUGGAAAAUGGAGAUGCUCUAGAGACUCUAGACAAUGGUGAAAACCGUAGUUUCGAUUCAGGUGAAAGGGAGAUUGUUCUCGAAAGUAAUGUGCACUUGAGUUGCCUUGAAGUUACAGACCCUGAUGCAGAUGAUGAGGUUACAAGAGAGAAGGACGCUUAUAUGGCCAGCAUUUUGGCGAGGUAUCAGAAGCUUCUCAUCGAGAGGGCCAAACACUUGUUGGGUUAUCCUUGCAAUAUGGACUUAGAUUAUGGUGCUCUCACACAACUGCAAAAUUUUGCUAUGAACAACGUGGGUGAUCCAUUUAUUGAGAGCAACUACGGAGUUCAAUCAAGACCGUUUGAAAUCGGGGUUCUCGACUGGUUUGCUCGUCUCUGGGAAUUGGAAAAGAAUAAGUAUUGGGGUUACAUUACAAGUGGUGGAACAGAGGGCAAUUUUCAUGGCAUUUUACUUGG